AUUUUAUGUUCAUCAUGUUUAUGUAUAUAUGAAAUCUUUUUGAAGUGAUAAGUGUGUAUCUUAUGUUGAUUAGUGGUGAGAGGAAGAAUGCAGCAACAACUAUGGGGGUUCUGUGUAAUUGCCUUAUCACUGGUCCUGGUCAAUGCGCAGGAAGAUCUCUUUGUUGACAUUACCAUUCUAGAAAGUGCGGUGAAAAAAGGAGCAGUUUGUUUGGAUGGGAGCCCACCAGCAUAUCAUCUUCAUAGAGGCUCCGGUAGUGGCAUCAACAAUUGGCUAAUUCAAUUAGAGGGGGGAGGAUGGUGCGAAAACGUUACAACUUGCAUGCUUCGAAAGAGAACCCGUUUAGGAUCCUCCAAACAUAUGAAUUUAACUCUAGCUUUUUCAGGGAUUUUACACAACAACCCUCAUUUUAACCCAGAUUUUUUCAACUGGAACAAAGUGAAAGUUAGAUAUUGCGAUGGUGCGUCUUUUACCGGGAACGCCCAGUUUGUAGAUCGGGAGACCAAUCUUCAUUUCCGAGGAGCUAGGAUUUUCCGGGCUAUAAUGGAAGACUUGUUAGCGAAUGGGAUGGACAAAGCCGAAAAUGCAAUUCUGUCUGGAUGCUCAGCUGGAGGAUUGGCAUCAAUUCUGCAUUGCGACAAAUUCAGAAAAUUAUUUCCAAGGGAGGCUCGAGUAAAAUGCUUCUCAGAUGCAGGUUUCUUUAUUAAUGUGAAGGAUAUAUCUGGGGAGCGAUCUCUUGAAAAGUUCUACAAUGAUGUGGUUAAAUUACAUGUUUCUGCGAAGAAUUUGCCCAAGUCAUGCACCUCAAAGCUAAAAGCAAGCUUGUGUUUCUUCCCACAAAAUGUAACUCCAGACAUUACAACACCACUGUUCCUGAUAAACGCAGCCUAUGACACUUGGCAGAUCAGAAACGCCUUGAUUCCAAGUGCAGUCGAUCCAUCAGGAAAGUGGAAAAUGUGCAAGACUGAUAUACGCUAUUGCUCUGUUAGCCAACUCAACACUAUCCAAGAUUUUAGGUCAGAGUUUUUAGCGGCUUUGAAGGGAUUUAAGUAUUCUCCAAUUGGUAGAAGUGGCGGUGGGUACUUUAUCAACUCUUGCUUUUUGCACUGCCAAACUGAAUUACAAGAGCUCUGGAACAUGCCUUCUUCUCCAAUGUUACUUCAAAAGACGAUAGCGGAGGCGGCAGGAGAUUGGUUUUUUGACAGAAAGAUUUUUCGAAAGACAGAUAGCCCUUAUCCCGAUGACAAGAGUUGUUUAAAGCCCCAACUAGUUCCUUAAUUCAAUCUUGAUUAAUUGUUUCGGUAUUCAUACAAUUCGAAGUAUACCUUACUUUUUAGGACCAUUGUAUAAUUUUUGUGUGCAUAUAAGUGCACACAUACAAAGUACUUCGUAUAUUAUAUACGGAGUAUAUAUACUACUCCGUAUAUAAUGUGGUAAUAUGAAUCGGGGAGGUUAUGAUCACGUGGUAGCAUCCCGCCUACUGACUGCAAGACUCUAGUCAUGCAAGUUUCAGGGAGACUGUAUUCAGCUUUUAUGUUCAUAAACUCUGUAACGGCGGAUAGUUGAGACUAUCCCUCACAAUCCGCAUACAGGGGUUGAUCGGCUGCUUUUAAAACAUCUUGAAAUCUCUCAGUUAAACCUGCAUCCACAUAAGGUUGAUAAAAUAUCAUAUUUUCAUCCUCAUCUGGUUGAUACGAGGUCGAGGUUUCAGGAGGAUCGUUAGAUGGUUGUGGAGGGUUGAAAUGAGACAUCGAUGCACCGUAUGCGUCAUAUACCAUAUGUUGCUCCCAUCUCAUUUCAGCAGGGUCUCCCCACACACUCAUCUCUGCAGGGAAGUCACGAGACGAACCUACCGUUUGUGGUAAAACAGAUGGAUCCAAAGGUUCGCCAUGAGAAGUCCAAUUAUAUAAUAAUUGGGAACGAAACCGUCCGCGUACAAAUCCCACCCAACUUCGUCUGGAUGUUUAAAUUUGAGAUUUUUAUACUUUGAACAUGCAUGGACAUCUGAUUUUAUCACCACUCAUAUAAGCCGAGUGUUCAAGUGCGAAUGAAAUAAAACUCCUCAACUCCUUCAAGAAAAUUUGAUUGCAUUCUGUACAAUACCGCAUGUUUAUC